AUGUCGCUGAGACGCUCUGCUCGCUUGAGCGCCCUCCCCAACACCAGCCGCGUGCUGUCCCUGCACCAGGCCGCGGGGCCCCGGAGAACGGCCAGAACCCCUGGCAACGGGAUCACCAAGACGAAAAAAGCGUCUACAAAGCGGAAGAAGCCGACAAUACCUACCGAUGAAGACAUUUUUAAAGCAAACCCCAACAAUGGCGAUAACGACGACGACGACAACCCAAGCAUACUCUUCCUCAACGGCAGCAGCAGCAGGCAGCAUCUCACCCCGCCGCCCCUCGACCGACCCGUCGACCCUCACCGAACAGGGGCAGCGCUGCUUACCCCCCACGGCUCAUCUCUAGUCGCAUACCCUCCGACGACCGAGCUCAAGGACCUGUCGCCCAGCAAGACCGGUCUCCCCCGCCCGACGGCUACAACCGGCACGCUCCUCGAGCGAGCCGUCGCACACCUGAUCGCAACAGACCCGCGUCUCAAACCGGUCAUCGACCAGUAUCCGUGCGAGCUGUUUUCUCCCGCAGGGCUAGCCGAGGAGAUAAACCCGUUCAAAAGCCUCGUCAGCAGUAUCAUCGGGCAGCAGGUAUCCGGGGCGGCAGCAAGAUCUAUCCAAAAAAAGUUCAUAGCGUUAUUCAAUAGUGGUCCGGAUGACCCCUCUCAUCAAGAUCAAGAUCAAGGUCAAGAACAACCAUCUAAUCCAUUCCCCACACCGCCAGAGGUAGCAGCAUGUGAUAUUCCCACGCUGAGGACGGCAGGCCUCUCGCAGCGCAAAGCAGAGUACAUACAGGGCCUGGCACAAAAGUUCGCCGACGGAGACCUCGGCGCCGAAAUGCUUCUCAAAGCCACCGACGAUGAGCUGAUCGACAAGUUGACCGCUGUUCGCGGGUUGGGUAAAUGGUCUGUCGAGAUGUUUGCUUGCUUUGCCUUGAAGCGCAUCGAUGUUUUUUCUACGGGUGAUUUGGGUGUACAGAGAGGCUGUGCCUCCUUCACAGGCCGGAACUGGAAGUACAUGUCCGAGCAGGAAAUGCUUGACUUGGCUGCCAAAUUUGCGCCAUACAGGAGCCUCUUCAUGUGGUACAUGUGGCGGAUCGAGGAUGUCGAUAUCGCCGUGUUGGCCGAUUAA